AUGUGCGUAUGUUUGGUUGAGGAAAUGCGAGGAAAAGACAAUUAUUUUCAUUACAAAUGUCUUCAUGUACAUGUAAGUUGGGAAAUUUAUUUAUAUAUUAGCUUGUACUGGUAAUAAGUGGAUUUUAUUGAUCAUUGUUAGCUUGUACUGGCUAAAGCUAGCUUGUACUGACAACAACUAGCUUUUACUGGCGAUAUAGCUAGGUCUUAUUAACUAUAGAUAUCUUGUAUUGGCAAUAGUUAGCUUGUACUAGCUUGAACUAACUUUUACUGGCUAUAGCUAUCUAGUACUGGCUAUAGCUAGCUUGAACUGGUCAUAGCUAACUUGUACUACUUAUAGCUAUCUGAUACUAGCCAUAACUAACUCAUACUGGCCAUAGCUAUCUUUUAUUGUCUUUAAGUAGCUUUUACUGGCCAUAGCUAGCUUGUACUAAUUAUAAAUGGCUUGUACUGACCUUAUAUUUAGCUUUUACUGCUCAUACCUAUCAUCUACUAGCCAUACCUAGCUUUUAAUGGCUAUAUCUAGCUCGUACUCAAUAUAGGUAGCUCGUACCGGCCAUAGCUAGCUUGUACUGGCUAUAUCAAGGUAGCACUGGACAUAGCUACCUCGUACUUGCUAUAGCUAGAUCGUACUACCAAUAUCUAGCCCACUAGCCAUAUCUAACUCAUAAAAACUCUAAAUGCCACCAAUUUUAUCAUUUAUUACCAAAAAGUACCUAAAAAUCAUUCUAAAGCACCAUUUCCAGAACCUAGUCUUCGUACUAUCUCUUCUUGGCAUCAUACUACAUUCUACAGGCAUAGUAUUCUUAAUUUUUGCAUUUGAAAUUAUUCAUUGGAUACCAUUAAUUGUAACUAUUGUCGGACUAAUAGCAUGGACAAUCUUAUUCAUGGGCAAUAUCUUCGGACUUCCAGUCACUAACAUCAUAUUUUUGCUCAUUUUCGUAAGUUUUUUAUGUUUUUUAAAGAUUUUAGGUUUUUUAGGCUUGGCAAGGACUUAUGAAGGUUUAAAAGCGUACUUGGCAAAAAAUUUGGGUUGUUUUACUAUAAAAUGACAUUUUUUCUAGAAUAGUCUAAGAAAUUUUAGUGGAUUUUAAUGUUCAAAGCGUCAUAACUUAAUAUUGAGAGAUGGUUUGACAGCCAUUUUUGCUUAAAACAUGUUUUUUGUAAAGCUCGAGCCAGAGUCAAUUGCACUGGUGACGUCAAAUUUCAAACAUUUUUUAAACAUCUGAAAUUUUUAUCAUGAAGGUUUUAGACAAUGCUGAGUACAAAAAUACAAUUUUUUUUAUUUUUGGUUACUGUAUUGUGGAGUACUGUAAGAUUACGGUAGAAUUUAUAUCUCCAUAACGAAUAGUUGUAGAGACAUGGCGUCUUCACUAUCGUUUAGUACGACCACAAUACAGUAUUUCUUAUGUUAGAGUCAAAGUUCCAUGUAUAAUUUUACCGUAGUAAAAAUUCGUAUCUUGUGUCGUAAUUACAGUAACCCACAAAUAAUAAAAAAAUGGUUCGCGAUACCUCUCUUUUUUAUUUUAGUUUACUACUCUACAUGUUAUUGCGGUUCGAAUGAUAUACAAUUCAAAAAAAAUUUUUGACACAUCUGGGGUCAAAGGUCAAGUUGAAGUUGGUCGACCCUAUAUGUAUUUCGAAAAAAAAAUUUAAAACUAAGUAAAAACUAAGUGGUGAAAGGUACGCCAGCAAAAAAACGGUUGCCCAUACCUAUGGGCGAUUUUUUUGCAAGUCCGUCCCUGACUUUUUCAGUCCUACCUGACCCUACCCCUCACCUUUUUGGCCCUAUCCGACCCUACCCUUGAUUUUUUGGCCCUACCUGACCCUACCCUUGACCUUUUUGGCCCUACGUGACCCUACCCCUGACACUUUUGGCCCUACCCAAGUCCACCCGUGAUCUUUUCAGUCCUACCCGACAAAGGUUCGGAUAGGGCCAAAAAGGUGAGGAGUAGGGUCAGGUAGGACUGAAAAGGCCAGGGGUGGACUUGGGUAGGGCCAAAAGUGUCAGGGGUAGGGUCACGUAGGGCCAAAAAGGUCAAGGGUAGGGUCAGGUAGGGCCAAAAAAUCAAGGGUAGGGUCGGAUAGGGCCAAAAAGGUGAGGGGUAGGGUCAGGUAGGACUGAAAAAGUCAGGGACGGACUUGCAAAAAAAUCGCCCAUAGGUAUGGGCAACCGUUUUUUUGCUGGCGUACCUUUCACCACUUAGUUUUUACUUAGUUUUAAAUUUUUUUUUCGAAAUACAUAUAGGGUCGACCAACUUCAACUUGACCUUUGACCCCAGAUGUGUCAAAAAUUUUUUUUGAAUUGUAUAUCAUUCGAACCGCAAUAACAUGUAGAGUAGUAAACUAAAAUAAAAAAGAGAGGUAUCGCGAACCAUUUUUUUAUUAUUUGUGGGUUACUGUAAUUACGACACAAGAUACGAAUUUUUACUACGGUAAAAUUAUACAUGGAACUUUGACUCUAACAUAAGAAAUACUGUAUUGUGGUCGUACUAAACGAUAGUGAAGACGCCAUGUCUCUACAACUAUUCGUUAUGGAGAUAUAAAUUCUACCGUAACCUUACAGUACUCCACAAUACAGUAACCAAAAAUAAAAAAAAUUGUAUUUUUGUACUCAGCAUUGUCUAAAACCUUCAUGAUAAAAAUUUCAGAUUUUUAAAAAAUGUUUGAAAUUUGACGUCGCCAGUGGGAUCACGAUUUAUAAAAAACGUGUUUUAAUAAUAAGAUAAAAGUCUUAUUAACAUAUCAAAAAAGGUUUGAGAUAGUUUAAUUUAGUUUCCACUUUGAUUUUGAGGCAAAAAGUUAUGUUAACCAUCAAAAUUUUGAGGAAAAAUGGCGACAUUUUUAAAAAAUCCUUUAAAAACCGAAUUUUUUGGAUUUGAAAUUACCCAAACUUUACUCAAAAUCAUUUUCCAGGUUCCCCUAGGCAUUUCAGCAGUAUUUAUUUUCACCUACACGAGUUUGCUCCUCUCGUAUCGAUGGUUCAAACAGUUUCUCCCCUCAAUUCCCUCUCGCAAAUACCAUUUGGAAAGUGUAAUCGAUGAAAACCUAUAUGCUCCCAAGUUUUACAUGCUCCUACUGACAAUACCAGCCGAGAUAUUAAUAAUCUUUGUGGUUUAUUUCGUAAUUACCGUGGUAUUUCGAGAUUACGUCCAUUCGACCGAGAUGCACUAUCCCCAACAUAACUAUUUGGAAGCCAAAGCUAGUGCAAAUCCAACGGAAAAUACGCAGGAAACGUGUUUCGAUGAAGCGUUGGAUGUGGGAAUGAUAAAUCAGGAGACUGGAGAGAUUUACAACGAUAUUACUAUUGAUUCCGGCUAUAUUGUUAGUGUUUAG